UUGCUGUCAUGGAGGUUGUUUUAACCCGGUCACACCGUUGAGAAGUUGUGGAGGGUUUUCUCGGUUGCCAUGGAUUUCUAAAAGCUAUUGACAGCGAUAGGGUCCCUUUCUCUGAAUGUCUUUGUAAAAGACAACCUAUUACUUUUCCCUGUUUCUCUUUUUCAGAGGGAGCGAUAGCGUCUACGGUGAGGAAAGCGUUCUCGUGUCAUUCUAGUUCCGUCUGACCAAUUGCGCACGUUUUGAGAUUCAGUAGCGAUAAGUAUCUCAGGCGGCUGUAAACGAAAUUCAACCUCUGCAAACUGCUUGAACGAUAGGAACUGCUCAUUUAAAAAAGUCCUUCGUCUUCGGCAGGACCUAGUUAUGAACUGAGAGUGGGAAGAGUGCAGCUUGUGUCACUUCCUCCAUGAUGAACUCAGAGAUUGUUGUCUGCUGUGGAGCGAUGAGGAUGAGGUCAUCGAUGUGGAGCCCAGGUUUGGCUCUCCUGAUGGGCGUGGUCGUCAGUGUCUGUGCCUUUCACCUCACCACUGCCAUAGACAUCCCACUGGAGGUUUUAGGUCAUGUAAACAUUGAGCAGCUGCCCACCAUCACAGAGGCGUCCCCCAGCUCUCUGAUCGCCUUCCCCUUUGAUGAGAGCUUCCCCAUGACGUGUGAAGCCAAAGGGAACCCUAAGCCAGAAUACCGGUGGACAAAAAAUGGGGAAGAGUUUGACCCCUACCAGGACCCGAGGCUGAUCAAGGAGGACAACUCGGGGACGUUUGUGAUCCCCAACACUGGGAAUCUCACAGAGUACCAGGGAACAUACCGCUGUUACGCCGACAACGAACUAGGGACGGCCAUAACGGAGGAGAUUGAGUUUGUUGUGCCCCACGUUCCUAAGUUUCCCAAGGAGAAGAUUGAUCCCAUCAAGGUGGAGGAGGGUCAGCCUGUCAUUUUGGAGUGUAACCCUCCUAAAGGAAUCCCUCCUUUACAGAUCUACUGGAUGACCAUCGACCUUCAGCACAUAGAGCAGGAUGAGAGGGUGUCCAUGGGUCUAAACGGCGACCUGUUCUUCUCUAAUGCUCUGGAGAAGGACAGCCGCAGAGACUACUGUUGCUUCGCUGCCUUCCCCAGGAUACGCACCAUCGUACAGAAGAAUGCCAUGUCUGUCGUAGUCAAGAGCAAAAAUUCAAACAAUGACUCAAGUAGCAGUCCUGGUCGUGCCAAUUCAAUCCUGGAGAGAAAACCAAGUCUUCUGAUGCCCUCUGGUGUCAAGUCGGAGACACAGCUGGUGAAAGGUGACGAGCUACUACUGGAGUGCAUUGCCGAGGGCUUUCCAACACCCAAGAUUGAAUGGGUAAGGAUGGGCCACAGGCUGCCCGACAGAGCGACGAUAGAGAACCAUGGGAAACUCCUGAGCAUUGACCGGGUCAAUGAGGACGACAGUGGGAAAUACAUGUGUAAGGCUAAGAACAUCCACGGAGAGGCCAACCACUCCUUUGAUGUAUCAGUGGAAGAGCCUCCUAAGUGGGUAUCUGAGCCUGAGAGCCAGCUUAGUACGAUUGGCUCAGACGUGCAUAUCAAGUGCUCCGCCACUGGCACUCCUCAGCCCACCAUCCAAUGGAGGGUGAAUGGAAAACCUCUUAAGGAGGUCCCAGCAUCUAACAGGAAAGUUUCGGAUGACACCAUUGUAUUGCACAACGCCAAAUCGAUUGACAGUGCCGUCUAUCAAUGUGAGGCUUCCAACAGACAUGGAACCCUACUGGCCAAUGCCAAUAUCAUGAUCAUGAAUCUGCCUCCUAUGAUCCUGACAGAGGAAGGUCUGGAGUAUUCAGCUGUGGAGGGAAAGAGUGUAGUCAUGCACUGCAAGGUGUUCAGCUCUCCGCCCUCUAUUGUAACCUGGAACAAGGAUGACUCAACAGGGUCUGUAGAGGGACCAAGGUUUACAGUUCACCAGAAUGGAUCAUUGGAGAUCCAUAAUGUGGAGAAAGAGGACAUGGGCCAAUACACAUGUUACACCAAGAAUACUGAAGGGAAGUCUGCUAUAACUGCCUUACUGGAUGUUAAAGAUCCCACAAAGAUAUCCCAGGCCCCAGAGGACUUGCAUGUCCUAAUAGGAACCACAGCCCAGCUCUCCUGCCUGGCGAUGUACGACAACUCCUUCAGUGGCGACUUUGAGAUCGUGUGGGAAAAAGACGAUAUGGAGAUAGCACUAAACCACACUGAGAAUUCUGGAUAUUUCUUAGAGGAUGGCAUACUGCAGAUCGUCAACGUCAGCCACAGAGACCAGGGCAUGUACACGUGUGUGGCCAGAACUCCAGUGGACCAGGACACUGCCUCUGCACUACUCAUAGUGCUGGAUGUCCCUGAUGCACCUGAGAACUUGGUGCUGUCUGAACACAAGGGCAGAAGUGUGAAGCUCAAAUGGAUACCUGGGGAUGACCACAACAGCUCAACCACUGACUUCAUUAUUGAGUAUGAGGAGAGCCAGUGGGAGCCAGGGAACUGGAACGAGCUUCAGAGAGUUCCAGGAAAUCACGGUUCGGCAGUCCUCAAACUUUAUGGACAUGUUGACUAUCGCUUUCGAGUGUCUGGAGUCAACGAGGUGGGUAGGGGGCGUCCCAGUGAGCCCACAGAAAGAUACAAGACCCCUCCUGCAGCCCCUGACAAGAACCCUGAAAAUAUUAAAAUCGAAGGUCAUUUGGCACAUGAAAUGGAUAUCAACUGGGAGCCAUUGUCCCCCAUUGAACACAAUGGGCCAGGCCUUGAAUAUAAGGUGAGCUAUAAACGGCAGGAUGUGGAGGAGGACUGGCACGAGCAUGUGGUGAAAAGACACUCGUUUGUGGUGAAGGGCACUCCCACGUUUGUGCCAUAUGAUGUCAGGAUCCAGGCGAGGAACCACCAGGGAUGGGGACCUGAACCCAAAGUGAUGACUGGCUACUCUGGAGAGGACUUCCCCUCCGCGGCCCCUGAUGAUGUAGAGGUGGAGGUGAUGAACAACUCGCUGGUCAAGGUCAGCUGGACACGUGUUCACAAGGACAAGCUGCAUGGACAUCUGGGAGGCUACAGGAUAAGCUGGUGGCGGCUGCGUAGUCUGCUGGACUCAAAAAAGACUCACGGGAACAAACACACACUGACAUUCCCGGGGGACAGGAACCAUGCCAUGGUACCAGGGCUCACACCCUUCUCUGAGUACAGCCUCAUCGUCAUGACCUUCAACGGGCGAGGCAACGGGCCAGGCAGCCACGCUGUCAACUUCAAAACUCCCGAGGGAGUUCCAGAGGAAAACCCCGUUUUCAGGGUCACAGAUGUUCAGAAGCACACCGUCGCUCUCACCUGGGCACCUCCUCUGGUUGCCAAUGGAGUCGUCACAGGAUACCGGCUAGAGUAUCAGCUAAUCAACGACACAGAGGAGGUGGGUGUCCUGCAGUCGAUGGACAUCAGCAGCCCGGACACCACCUCGUGUGUCCUGCAGAACCUCGAGGCCGUCAGCAGGUACAAGUUCUACCUGCGCUCCUGCACCAGGGUGGGCUGUGGGCCCCAGGUCAGCGAGGAGAGCACCACCACACCUGUAGCGCCUUCAACAGCGGUAUCCACUGUCAACUUCAGCCAGUCUGCCUCCCCCUCACCUCCAAGCACUGCAGUCUCCCACGUGUCCAAUGCCACCCGUUCCAACAUAGUCCCAGCCCUGUUGAAUAUUAGUUCCUCAGUUAGUGACAACUUUGCAAAUAUCAGCUGGAUUCCGGGAAGCGAACAAACAGAUUCUGAGUUUUAUGUUGCAUAUAUGAACAACCGUAAAGGUAACUGGAAGAUCUCUGAGGCAGUAAACACCUCUAAGACUUUCCACAUCAUUGAGGGGCUGGAGCCUGGGACUGCGUACACUGUGCGCCUUAUGACUAAGAACUGGGUUGAUAAUUCUAGUAUUUUUGAAGAUGUAAUCAGGACCAGGGAUAAAGGUCUGGCAAGCAUCCAUGGAGGAAUCUCCACCCAGGGCUGGUUCAUCGGGCUGAUGUGUGCCAUGGCUGUCCUCACACUCAUUGUGUUAAUCGCCUGCUUUGUCAACAGAAAUAAAGGAGGGAAAUAUGCUGUAAAGGAGAAAGAGGACCUCCACCCAGACCUUGAAUCCCAGGGUAUGCAUGAUGACACCUUCUGUGAAUACAGUGACAACGAUGAGAAGCCACUGAAGGGCAGCCAGCACUCUCUGAGCGGACAGAUCAAAGCAGAGGACAGUGGGGACAGCCUGGUGGACUAUGGGGAUGAGGACGCCCAGUUCAACGAGGAUGGCUCCUUUAUCGGCGAGUACGCUGGACGCAAGGAAAAAAGGGUGUCCAUGGAAGUAAAAGGAACCACCAAUCAGAGCAAAGCGUAAGAGAAAGGAAAAGGGGCCAUCAUCCAUCCUUAGGACAACACUUUCAUCAGACUGGUGGAGGGGGGGACUUAAUAAAGGAAGUACAUGACAUCAUCCAUACCAAGCAGAAUCUCAUGUGAAAUGUAAUUUGUCAUUGUCAGCUACACUGCCAUCUUCAUUUUAUAAAGCUUGUCCUUUUAUCAAACUGUAACAGAAUGCAUCAUUUCGAAAUGUAUAUAUUAUUGUAUGUUUGGAGUGUUUUCUAUUACCGCAAAUCAGUGAAAACCUUUGAGGCUUUUGCAUUUUUUUGUCAAAUGCAACAACUGUUUGUAAUCCACUCAAAUAUAAAAGGAAGAAAAUAAGAAAACUCCAGUCCACACUGCUCCUUGUGUUAUACUGCCAGGUCUUUUAGCAAAGAACACGCGUAUGUGAGCAUAUGAUGUCUGUCUUGUUCAGUUGAAGCAAAUAUUAUUGACAUUUUAUAUUUGAAAUGCAUUCAUUAAAUAUGAUUUUAAUAUGUGUACAAAAGUUGUUUAUUAACUUAUUUCCUGGUUUUAUACAUGACAAAAUAAUACAAAAUGGAUGCCUCAGUUAUAUCACAUGAUGAAAUACACAAAAGACCUAAGGCAGGUGGGUCGUUCCACUGAUUAGGUGCCUUUUGAGUAGUGUAAUUUGGUAAACAUAUAUAUUUUUUUACCUCAUUUUAAUAUUCUGUCAUAAAGACCAAAUUUUCAACUUAAUAAAAAAGACUUUUUCCCA